CAACAAAGACAUUCAUAUCAUUAUUAUCAACAACUGUAGCCCAUUGAAUGAUACCCACAUUAAAGCUCUUAAACCAAUAAGGUCAGAGAUGUUGUUGUAUACGAAUGACACACGGCUUCAGUGACCUGGCUGUAAUCUUGACUGCGGACCAAUAAAUAACGGAUGGGUGAUACAGGUCUAAGUGAUGAAGCUGCAAGUGCCAGAGUCUCCAACCAUGGCAUUUUGCCCAGCAGUAACAUAGAGAAUGCAAUUCUCAAGGAGCAGGCAUCCAAAAGCACUUUUUGUGACAAAGAUGAUCAGAAUAGCUGCAACACAGCCACUGUAUUAUCUGGCCUUGAUAAUUUGUCUGUGUGUUAUACAAGCAAUAUUGUGGGUGAACCUGACCAACACAUAUCAAAUGUUUCUGGCCUUGGUAAUCAGCCCAGCUGUAACACAGGCACUUAUCCUGGCCUCCAUGAUCAGCCCAGCUGUAAUGUACCCAUGAUUGCUAACCUCAGUGAUGUGUCCAGUUCUGACACAGAUGAUUUUGAAGACACUGAAGAAUUGGACAUUGAUGAACCCGAGGGAGUAAAGGAUUCGUUAAGAACAAGUACAAACAGAUUUAAAAAAGCAUUAAGAAGGUCAGCCAAAAGAGAAAGACCACAGAAUGUGGCAUCUAUAAAUGAUGAAGAAAAUAGAUCAGUAAUAGAUGAAGCAGCACCUGCAGUGGAAGAUCCGGAUGUAUACAAUUUCUCACACAGGAGAAGAGGUCUUGCAGUCAUUAUUGACAAUGAGAACUUUACUUCCACAUCUGGAAUGCCAAGUCGUCCAGGUUCUCACGAAGAUUUGAAGUCUCUGAGAAAUAUGUUUAAUAGGUUAAAGUUUGAUUUAAGGUGCUACAAGAAUCUUAAAGGGGCAGACAUGUGGAAGGUUCUGACUAAAGCGGCAGCCUGGAAAUGGCACAAAGACUCUGAUUGUCUGGCUGUAGCCAUUUUAUCUCAUGGAGAUGAAAUUAAAUGGCCACAGCAUUGGAACCACAGGAAAGAGAUUGUCCGGCAAGAUAUAAUUUAUGGAGUUGAUGGACAGUGUGUAUUGACAUCCUCAAUAAUGGACUGUUUCAAUGAUGAUAACUGCCCAGCCUUAAAAGGGAAGCCACGUCUGUUUUUUCUGCAGGCCUGCCGUGGUAUGAAGAAGGACCGAGGUCAGAACGUUGCUGUUGUGUCUUAUGAGCAUGGAGGUCUUCAAACAGACAUUCAGUCUACAUGGGGAGGAUGUGGAUUUGAUGGGGGAGACACUGUUGAGCAAAGUCAGACAGAUGCCAGACCUGAACAGGGGCAGGCCAGCCGCAACACAGGCUGUGGGUAUGCUGAAUCACAAGGGCACAGAAAUGAUGCCAGUGAAGAUGAGACAGAUGGAAGCACACCAGCAGUCUCACCUGCUCCUAUCUACAAUGACUUCCUUGUAAUGUAUGCAACAGUACCAGGUUACUUUGCAUGGCGUCGUCCAACAGGCUCAUGGUUUGUUCAGUCUCUAUGUGCUGUCUUUGAGUUUUACAAUCCUAGAAUGUCUUUGAUACAAGCAUUGACACGUGCCACCUACUAUGUAACCACUUGCUAUGAAUCAGAAAACAAAAAAAAUCCAUGUGAGUCUGGUAUGAAGCAGACUCCUGUUAUUCAGACUAAACUAUUAAAGGAUGUCUACUUCACAUAGAGGGAACUGUUGCUGUCCAUAACUAUACUUGGCAUUAGUAGUCUUUAAAAUUCAAGGGUUGAAUUUUAUUCCAGGAAAAGAAUUGGUGGUACUGCACUAGCAAACUGGAAACUCUUGUCAGCACCACCCAUUACUAAAGUAUUGCUCAUCCUUCUUAAGUUGUUAAUGUUGCUGUAUAUCAUUUUCAACAGCACUUGCUUUAACUGUAGCUUAAUUGCUAUGGUUUUUAGAUUGUCUGCUCUACAUGGAAUUUUUUUUUUUUAUAGAAAAAAAUGGUUCGUAUGUCAGUGUCAUGCAGCAGUGUGUGUCACAUACAUUAUUGUCUAUCCAGACUGUCUUUUUUUCUUUUAACAAACCAGGAUCUGGGAAGGAACCAUUGAACUGCUUGCACUGUCUGCUAGCUCUUUUAUGACAGUCAUAUUUAGACAGUAACAUUUUGUUUAUUGUAAGACUUAAACAAAUGAUAAAAAAACAUUCACAUGCUUUUGGUUACUUUGAAACACUUUAUUGUCACCUUGUUUUAUUACUGGAUCAUUUUAUAUUGAUGUGUUGAAAAAGAACACUGCCAAGAUUUUGGGGUUUUUUGUACCUGCUUGUCUAUAUUCUGCAUUUUGUCUUGUUAUAAUUACUCUUGGAAAGUUUGCCUCAUAACUUUUACAUUCAGACAAGUUUUAAUGGACCAUUACUAAUUACACUUUUCCAAGUUAUGUACAUUCCAUGUCGAGAAAUUGAAAUUAUAAUGACAUUCAGCAGAAACAUUUACUCACCAUUUUAAAUGUUCUGUUCCUUUCCUUUUCAGAUGCUGUUAUAAAAGUACUGGGUACAUUAUUUUUUUAAUUUACAGUAUACAAACAAACACUCAUUUAAAAGGUAUGUAUGUUCAAAUUAUGCAGAUUUGAAGUGAUGCAUUUUAUGGUUUGUAAAAGCACUGACUACGAGCAGUACACCCAAAAGCAUUCCUUGUAUGUUGUAUGUCAGUUUUCCUUCACACUACGCCUAAGAGGUAGUGAAGACUGUUCCUUUGAUGCUUGUAAUCUCAAGCAAUUUAGGGCGAUGUCUAGGCAGGCUGAUACCAAAGGGGUAUCUAGAAAAAAGUGAAAGCUGGUUUAGAAUUGUUCAUCAGUCUGCCAUUGUCCUCUCUUUGAUGAGUUUAAGUAGUCCUGCACUUUUGGAGAAUAUUUUAGUGUUCUCUUUAGACUAUACCUGUGUUAAGGUAUUAAAAGGUUGCACAGUCAUCCAACUAAAGAUGCAAGUUGUUCAAAUUACUGAUAGCUGACCAGAGAGGCUAAUCUGCAGAGUAAAAUGUACAAGUGCAUGGUUAAUAUGAACAGAGUGAACUGAAAGCCAGCAUGAAGAACAGAGCGCAAGCAUAUUACAGACCAUUUGUGAUGUGAUAGUGCUGAAAAAUCACACUGAGCACCAAAAUAUGACAGCUACUGAUAAAUUCAUUUCCACAUUGUGAAGUUUAAGAUUAUGCAUGGUUCUUCUGGAAUAGGUCAUUGGCAUAAAUCAUAGGUUACCUCUAUGUGUGUGUAAUAUGCAUGAACACACUGGCUAUUUUUAUAAAUGGCAGCUUAAGAGCUUCAGGCAAAACUGAUGGAUUGUCCCAAAUUCUUUAAGAAAAAAUGCUGAGAGUUUAACUCAGCAUGGUUUGCCAUUUAAAAUGGUGUUUUUAAUUAUGUUUCAAGAGCUUUUUAUUUUAUCGGUAGGUUUUAAAAAAAAAUUAUUUUAGGGGCAACAAAUCAAAACUUUAUGACAGUGUAAUCAUGUUCUUAACAGAGAGGAUUGAUGCUCACUUUAUCCAUCCUAUCUUUUGUCUGUGCAGUAAAUUAGUGACUGUAUGUGUUGCAUUUUAUAUCUGCAUAUUACUGCAUGCAUUUGAAGAACAACCAACAAAUUGUAUAUUUUUGAGAUGAUUGCCUUCCUAUAUCAAUACACACAGAGACCUGCUUAUGAUCGCACUCAAAAAUCAAGAAGCUAGCAUUAUAGUCUGCACAAAAAAGCAGAUUUUUCAGAAAUCUCUAUUUUUGAUAUUCUAUUGUUUCAGAAAAUCCAGGAACUUGUGUACAUGAAGAGUAAAUUUUAAUCAAGAGUAACUAUGGUUCACCAUUUGAAUGAAAAGCAAUUGCAAUGCUUUUCAUUGCAUAUAAUUUAGACUUCAAAGUUAAUGUUUAAAAUUGUGUCAUUUGAAUAAUGCAAAGAAUCUACACUGACCAUGAGCUUUUCAGUGUAAUACUUAUUGACUAGGUGGUCCACAUGAAACACAUUGGGGCAGAACUCAGUUUUAUCUUUCUUUCCCACCAGUCAUUAUAUUGAGCUGUUGUGUUUUCUUAUUGCACUUAUUAUUAGUAAUUGAGCUGAACAAAUAUCAAAUGCUGCAGGUAAAUAUUUGAACUUUGUAAUGUACUGAAUGAAGUUUAGACAUCUCCUGUGGAAUGUUUUCUAAAUAAUUCCCACAAUGAAAUACUUUUUUUUCUGGAUCCACAUAGACCAUACUCCCAUGGCCUAGGACAUGUCAUUGUACCAGGUAUGAAGUUAGAUGUAGUUUCAGAUGAAGUGUAAUCUUUUUUAUGUGUGAUGAGAAUUUUAUGAUCAUUUCCAUGGAAGAUUUUCUGUAGAGAAGUAACGUUUGUGGUCACUUUAAAAUACUGUAUUCUUUGACCACUUAUUGCUCAGUGGACCUCAACAUUUGUAAAAAAUACAAAAUUCUUAAAUCACAUUUUUCAGAUGUUGCCUUCUAAUAUACUGCUUUAUAAUCCUACAGGUUUUAAGCACUAAAGAAUUUUUCAUUUAAAAAAAAGAGGACAGGAGGCAUUUUACAUUCUAUUUUAAGUGUCAGUAACCUUAGUGUAUGGCAAGAAAAUAGAAUGUGAAAAAAUGCCUUUUAUCAUUUGUUUUUUAUGAAUGUUCACAUAAACACACUCUGGCUUUUACGUUUAUUUACAUGUUUAAAGUUAUCUCUCUUACAAUUAUAAUAUUAUUGGAUGUAUUAUACUGGAAGCUAAGUAUGAUUGCCCAUGGCUAAAUAGUGGUUAAAUAAUGGUAAUAUCUUUUGAUGUCUUUCUACAUAGCUUUAGUAGAAAUAUAUGAAUACUACGUAUAGAUGCAUAUUGUACAUUUUGUCAUAACUGUAAUAGUCAAAUAAAAGUAAUGAUUUUAACCUGUUGAAGUAUCUGCUUUUGCUAUUGGUUUUCCAAAAAUAUUUUCGUAGAUCUUUGUUAGAGUUCAUCUCUUAAGUAAGUGUUAUGAUGAAUUUGGUACAAUUGGUGGAAUCGAUGAGGAUAAUAAGGCGCACGGCCACUCCACCUUUAGUCAAGUAAACCUUGCUAUAGCC